UCUCUGGUUCGAGCAUCAGGUUAAGUCAAAAGACAAUUUUGUGAAACAAAACGGCGCGUUUUUAUUGAUUUCACUGGAUAUUAGGCGGACAACUGACAACUUCACAUUGAUACUGGCUGCUAGCAGCUAAUAGCUAUUUUGCCUGUUUCUAGCUCCCCACGCCAUGAUUCAUUGUCAUUUUUGCGGGAGAACAUUGCACACGUUAAAGGGUUAUGUGUUGCAUUGUAGGGUUCAUAGAAACGAACCACGCUGCGUGUUCAAGUGUGAGAGUACUGACUGCAGGCAGACAUUUUGUACAUAUGCAUCAUUUAAGUGUCACUUCUAUCGAAAGCACAAUGUCCCAGCGCCGUUUGCUAAUGCUAACACAGCCAUUAUUUCAAGUUUUAUUUGCGCCAUGUCACUGUGUUCAGACCGAUUUCAGACUGUGCAGGAACUUCUUGUACACUUAAAAAAACAUUUAGUGGAGGGAAGAUCUGUAAAGUGUCCUGUGGCAGGUUGUCAAAGCACAUUUACUUUAAAAUCAUCAUUUACAGCACACUUGUCUAGGAAGCAUCCACAAUGUUCAGUGAAUAACAUAAAUGAUAUUUACCGGGAAAUCGCACCCCAGUCCUCUGCCAUUGCUUGUGAAGAGGCUUCCCAGACUUUAGAUGGUGCAACAGAAGAAGCUACUACACUACCGCAGAAUUUCGAUGAAGCCUUUCUUCGGAAUGUUUGCUUGUUCUAUCUAAAACUGCAAGGACAGCUCCUACUUCCAGCUUCAACGAUACAGAUAAUUGUUGAAGAGAUGCAAAAUCUGCAUGAAUUAGGCCUUGAUUACACUUCAAGCAAAUUACACUCUCUCUUGAAAGAUGAAUUAAAUCUAACUGAUGAUGCGAUGGGGAAAGUCUUUGAUUGUAUUAAGGAUUCUGAUCUGUUCUCUUCAUCUCACAAAGGCCAACUAAGAACAACCUAUUCAAGAGCUCAGACAUUCAAACGCAUGUUCAAUUAUGUAGAGCCCAAAGUAGUAAGAUUAGGAUAUGAUGAGAAUAUGAGACAAAGAAAUGCUUAUUACAUACCUGUGAAGCAAACAUUGAUUAGCUUGUUAGAAUCAGAAUUUUGGAAAAAAUCAGUGUUGCAACGGUCUAAUGAAAAAGAUGCAUGUGUUCUUGGUGACAUUUGUGACGGACAGGCCUUCAAGUCCAACCCGUUCUUCACUGCAAACCCAGGAGGCCUGCAACUUAUUUUAUACCAAGAUGCAUUUGAAGUAGUCAACCCUCUUGGGUCAGCAAAAAAGACACACAAAGUUCUCGCUGUUUAUCUUUCUGUUGCAAAUUUGCCCGUUCAUGUGCGGUCCAACACGGAUCACAUGUCCCUAGUCUUGCUGUGUGGAGAGAAUGAACUAAAAAAGUUUGGAUGUGCUAAAGUAUUUGCUGACAUGUUGUCGGAUUUGAAAGAUUUAGAAGAAAAUGGAAUCACUGUAGGAGGGGAAACAGUCCAUGGGGCUUUGUACUGUAUAGCUGGGGAUAAUUUAGGGUCACAUGGCAUUGGAGGGUUUACCGAAAACUUCAGUUGCUCAGGUUAUUUUUGCAGGUACUGUGAGGUCACCAGAGACGAAUUUAAGAAAGAACCCAAUCUUUGCGGCCGGCAACGAACUGCUGAUUCCUACGACGCUGCUGUCGCCUCUCUGUCUGAGGAGAGCAGAGAGGUCAAAGGAAUAAAACUGAAGUCAGUUUUCAAUGAUUUGUCAAACUUUCAUGUAUGCCAACCUGGUCUCCCACCGUGCUUAGGCCAUGACAUUUUUGAGGGAGUUUUGUCCUAUGAUCUUGGUCUGUACUUGAAUUAUUUCAUCAAAGAAAUGAAAUGGUUCAAAUGUACCCUUUUGAACAGACGAAUCAAACAAUUCAAGUUCAAAGGUUCAGAUGCUCUCACCAAGCCAUGCACUGUCAAAUCUGGUGCACUCAAACUCUCUGGUCAAGCUGUCCAGAAUUGGAACUUUUUGAGGUUGCUGCCUGUUCUGAUUGGUGACAAGGUGCAAAAUGCUGAUGAUGAUGUGUGGCAAUUGACUCUUCAGCUGAAAGAUAUUGUUGAUCUGGUUUGUGCGCAGAAGAUUUCAACAUCACAGGUAGCUUAUCUUGAAAUCAUAAUCCAAGAGUAUCUGGAUUCAAGGAAGCGUUUGUUUCCUCAGAGUACUCUAAAACCAAAGCACCAUUACAUGAGACAUUAUCCCUCUCUAAUUCUCAAAUUUGGCCCCCUUAUCAGGUUAUGGACGAUGCGUUUCGAAAGCAAACACAGCUAUUUCAAGCGAUGUGCCAGGCAUUUGAAAAACUUUAAGAACAUUUGCCUGACUCUUUCUGAAAGGCAUCAGAUGUUUCAGGCAUAUGUCUUGGCAGGACCAGGAUGUAGUGUGCUUCUGCAAAUUAAAAAUGGUUGUGCUUUUAUUCCCAACCUUUACAGUGACAGAGUCAAUCAUGCUGUUAGUGCAUUUGGGUUUUCAGAGAAUGAUACCAUUGUCUCCACAGAAAUUCAGUACAAAGGCACAGCAUACAAGAAGGGUGAUUUCCUAGUCUUGAAUGAGUCCAUGGAAUUUGGGGAGCUUGUCAUCAUUUUAAUUAAGGAUAAUGCCACUGUGUAUUUUCUUAUGGACACACACAAAUCUGACCACCUCCCUAAAUACCACCUGUACGCUGUGACACAACAAAGUACCGGAAUGCAGUGUGUUAACAUUAAUGCCUUGGUAGAUUUUUACCCAUUGACGUCAUACAUUGUUGAUGGACACCGAGUCAUUCCACUGAAACACAGUGUUUUGUCAAACUGAUUCUUGCCAAGUUUGAAUAAGUGAAGCACAAGUAUUUUUAGAUAUUAAGUGUAGUUUGCAAAUUGUUCACAAUGAAACACAGUGGUUAAUAUUGAAAUAUUGACAAAUGCUUCUGUUCCGAGUUUUCGGUUGUUGCUGGAGCUGCUCCCCUACAAUGGCUUCAUAGGUGCACUCAGACUGUUUGAACUGCUCCAGCAACAGCCGAAAACUUGGAACAGAAGCAUUUGUCAACAUUUCAUGAGCCAUUGCAUUUCUUCUUAAACAAUCUGAAAACUAGGCUUAAUGUCUACAAAAUACUAACUUUAAAAACUAAUAAAAACAUUAAAAGUUGUCGUCAAAUUAGUAGAACAUAUUUUCAGCAUAGUUGGUCAGAAAUGGUAAAUGGAAUGACAAGUUCAAAGUUUUUUAUUUCCACUGAUUGUAGUUUGGACCCAUUUCAUAUUGGAGUUAGAGUUGUGUCUAAUAUGAAUGCAAUCCAGUGUUCCUAAAUAAAUGUAUCAGCUACUUUUUGCAUGUAAUAUUUCCUUUUAUAGCUUUAAUCCAAAUUGUAGAGAUGUCGGAAUCAUUUCUACGCUCCGCCAUCACGGAGGCCUUGCCUGACCUUCCAGAAGUAUCAAAGGACAUCUUACAAGAAACUCUUCAAUCCCUAGGGAUAGAGACCCAUGAUGACUUUCAGUUUGUUAAGGAAGAAGAUUUAUUGUCAGCCUUGAGGCCUAUACAAGCCCGGAAGCUGGUUGCUGCAUGGAGUCUGAAAUGCCAGGCCCAAGAAAGUGCUUCUUCAAGCCUUACUGCCUCACCAGGACCUUACCCAUCCGUGAUGUGUGAGUCGCCAAUUUCAACGUCGUCGUCCAGCAGCGGUCAGAGCCCACAGGGCAGUUUUCCAGACUCAUUUGUGAUACCAUGGAGGAAGUUCCCCGAGGAUUUGACGCAGGCUUUGGAGAGAGGAAAACGUCCAGGUCCAAGUUUGAGGAAAGAGAUGGUGAGAAUUGUGGUCCGUGAAAUGAUGAAAGUAACCACUUCACUAUGUAAAAGGAACGCUGUUGAUGUGGCUAGGAAAUUAGUGGCCAAAUACCCCAAAUCACUGCAAGAUGUCAUUGAGGGUGACAUAAUUGGCACAGGGUACUACUCCCUUGUGAAGCAAAUUCAAAAUCGGAUCGAAAAUGUGAAAAGACCUACAACACCUAAAAUAAAAAGAAGACCACAUGACUCUGACACUGAUGAAAUCCCCCCUGAAAAACGAGCAGCGAUUCAAGACACCUAUGGGUGCAUCCGUUGGCAUGUCAAGUUUCUGCCCCUUGGAGAAACAGCUGACAGCCAGCAGCAAAAGAAAGAUGAGCUUAAAAAUCUUUUUAGUCAGAAUGAGCAAAGCCCAGGUCCUGUAAAGAUGCUUAUGAAGUCCACAUUCUACACCCAGCGACAAGAGGUGAACCAAGGAAAGGACGUGAAGUACCUCCUGGAGAACUGGCCAUAUUGGUUUUGUGAAAUUGGCAUGGCUGUUCACUUUAACGAACUCACUGGAGUGGACCUAAAGGAAACCUUCCUAAAGAAUAUGGAACAGAAGGGGGAAAGGCUCCUGCACUUCAUGAAGACAGUUGCUGUCAACAAAUCCAAAAGAUUCUAUCAAGCUGCAACAAAGCUACAAAUGAUGAGGGGAGAACACCCAGGCUACACACAUGCCACAGAGAUGGUGCUGCUCCUCCUGGCUUAUUUUGAUGAGAAAGAAGAUGUGAUGUUCCAUUAUGUGGAGGACACUUGCCUGGCUGGGGAAGUGGACCUGAACAGCGUUCCCUUGACUCCCACGAUUGUUGUAUGUGGGCAGUCCUGCUACUCCUCCGGACGGAUGAUGCUGAGUGUGGAUCAAGUCAUCGUGAAUGAGAACAUCUCUUCCUUCAUCUCGGCCUUGUGCAUGAUGUUUGGCAGCUAUUACUGCUUUAACAUUCAUUACCCAUCCACGCUUGCAUCGACCCUGGAAUUUCUACAGAGAUGUUUCUUCUCUAUUAAUCCGGAGAAGGGGACAAAAGUGGAACAAACAAAAACAAAACGGCUCCAUGUGAAUCCAAGAGUCCUUACUUUGAUUCAGGACCUCUCAGACCAUGAAUGGCGAGCUAUUUAAAAAGUUGUUCCUUCAAGUGGCCGCGACAGUGAACACCCAUAUGUUUCUCUAGAUGUUCUUCUAGAAGCAAUGCAGUUGCAUGUUAAUCAAGCCUUUACCAUGAUUCACAAGCUCUCCAUGAAUGGCGAGCUAUUUAAAAAGUUGUUCCUUCAAGUGGCCGCGACAGUGAACACCCAUGUUUCUCUAGAUGUUCUUCUGGAAGCAAUGCAGUUGCAUCUUAAUCUAAGCUUCUGUAACUUGAUUCAUGACCUUUUCAACCAUGAAUGGCGAGCUGUUUGAAAAGUUGUUCCUUCAACUGGCCGCGACAGUGAACACCCAUAUGUUUCUCUAGAUGUUCUUCUAGAAGCAAUGCAGUUGCAUGUUAAUCAAGCCUUUACCAUGAUUCACAAGCUCUCCAUGAAUGGCGAGGUAUUUAAAAAGUUGUUCCUUCAAGUGGCCGCGACAGUGAACACCCAUGUUUCUCUAGAUGUUCUUCUGGAAGCAAUGCAGUUGCAUCUUAAUCUAAGCUUCUGUAACUUGAUUCAUGACCUUUUCAACCAUGAAUGGCGAGCUGUUUGAAAAGUUGUUCCUUCAAGUGGCCGCGACAGUGAACACCCAUGUUUCUCUAGAUGUUCUUCUAGAAGCAAUGCAGUUGCAUCUUAAUCAAGCCUUUACCAUGAUUCACAAGCUCUCCAUGAAUGGCGGGCUAUUUAAAAAGGUGUUCCUUCAAAGUGAUGGAGCCGAUGAACACCUAUAUCACCUUUUUUCGUGGCUCGCUAUUAACAAGGUUCACAUUUAUUCACUCACUCACUACCACACCCCACUCAUAAUCCCUCUCUCACAAACACAAGUGCAACCACACACACACACACACACACACACACUUUAAUGAUCUC